AUGGCGCUCUCUACAACCUGUCAGGGCGCACAUACAACACCAUCUCCGUCAGGCCAUUACCUCGCGUCCAUUCCACCAGGUACCAACAAACUCCGUAUCCACACCACCCACGCGCCGGAUCGCUGUACGGACGUGUCUCUCCGCAUCUCAGCCAAAGAUAUCACUGGCCUGCAAUGGAACUCGGAAAGCAAUCGCAUCGUUGUCGCGAGCGCGAAGUUGAUCGAGGUGAUUGACCUGGAUGACGCCGACCACCGCAUUCGGCUCGACAAUGGCAGUGGCGGCUUUGGGCGAUUCGCGAAUGCUGAGUUCGUGGGCAGUGAGUUGCUCCUCGUUGUAUGGGAGUUUGGGAAGGCCAAGCUAUGGGAUUUGACGACUGGAAAGGGAGUAGAUUUGGCAGAUGUGAAGGGAUCGUGCGCUGGCGCGAGAUGGCAGUUGCGGCCGGGACGAGAGGGGAGGACUGGAACUCUUGCGCUGCUCUCCAGAAUUGGAGCUGAGGAUGUCUUGAACUUGUAUCUACCAGCGACGCAAAAGCUGGUCGGUGCUGUCAAGCUACCCACUGUGGAUGCUCAGUCGAUUGCCUGGUCACCGAACGGAAGAUGGAUUGGUGUGUUGGAUGUGGGUACUGCGAGCCGGGGCGUCCAUUUCUUGACGCCAGACGGAAAUCUAUAUCGCUCUUAUCCGGCGGCGAAAGAAAGCGAGACGCUCGGAUUGGGCAUCAAGGCGAUAGUUUGGGCUCAAAACUCGCAGCUGGUGGCCUUGACGCGCUUUGAUGGGAGCAUUGUGCUGCUGAACACGAGGACGUUCGCGCCUAGGGCGGUGAUCGAGCACACGACUACCAUUGACCAACGGGCGAACACAUCAUCUGAGCUGCAAGCACCAAUCUGGGAAGAAACUGUUCCAGCAUCCGGUGAGCGAUCCUACGCAGUCGUUCCGCAACCUUUUUCUCCGCCUCUCUCACGUACCAAAACCACCACCGAGCCAGCAGAGCUAGGCAUAGCAGAAGCAACCUUCAGCUGCGACGGCAGCUGGCUUGCCACACGAGAUGAGCGCAUGCUCAACACCGUCUGGAUCUGGAACAUGGCAACCCUCAACGCGCACGCCGUCCUCGUCCAACACAGCAACGUCCGAAAACUCCACUGGCACCCCACGCGACCGGAUGAACUCCUCCUCGACUGCGGCGAAGGCAUCGCCCACUUCUUCUCCCCAAUCUCCUCGAACCCGCCAACGAUCAUCCCGGCCUCAAUCUCACCCACCGCAACACUAUCCUACCUCCACAGUCCCUUCGACUCAAACCCAGCAGUCCUCGCAACAACCAAAUCCAUCUUCCGCAUCCUCCACCCCUCAGGGCAGCUCGAAGACCCUCCCACCCCACCACCACAUCGCGAGCCCGCCUCAUCCUCAUCCUCAAAUCCAGCAAAAGCCGCAGCAGAAGCCGAAGCCUCUUUCAUCUCAGGCGCAAGCGAAGACUCCCUCUUCGACGUCCUGUCCGGCCGCAAACCCCUGCCGCCUAAGACCGAUCAAUCGUACACCGAACGUAUCGAUUUCGAAGUCGAGACGGAGGAGGAUACGAGUACGGGGGUGGAUGAUACGUUUCGCGAGAAACGCACGAAUACUACCAAGCCGCAGCAGGUGGAACGGGGGGUGGUGGAUUGGGAGGAUGAUUCGGAGAUUUUUUGA